AUCAUCCCUGCCACUAGCACGCCCUUCUUCCCCGACCACGCUCACAAGUCGCGACCACCACGAACCUCCACCACGUACUGCUCCAUAUCCACCUCUACCUCUAGCUCUUACCCAUUUCCUUUCCUUCCCCACGCUCUCAGCAAUCCAAGCUACCUAGCUAAGGGUAGCGAGGAGGAUGCCGAGGCCAUGGAGGCAGGUGCUGGCGUCGGCGACCAAGUGCUGGAGCGCGGAGGAGGACGAGGAGGCCGCGGACGCCCGGAACUACCGCCCGCCCAACUCCGAGUUCUCGCGCCGGCUCGCCUCCUUCCGGCGCCUAUCCGCCAUGGCCAACAGCCCCGCCACGCCCACGGACGGCAAGGAUGACGAGGACAACGCCGACGGUGCGGGGGAGAUGGGGGCGGUCCCCAUGCGGCAGCUGCACUCCUUCAGCCUCAGCGAGCUUCGUGGCGUCACGCACGACUUCUCCAGCGGCUACCUCCUCGGGGAGGGCGGGUUCGGCGCCGUCCACAAGGGUUUCGUCGACGCCGGCAUGCGGCCCGGCCUCGAGCCCCAGCCCGUCGCCGUCAAGCAGCUCAACAUCGCCGGCCACCAAGGCCACAGGGAGUGGCUGGCCGAGGUGAUCUUCCUUGGGCAGUUCCGGCAUGAGCACCUGUUGAAGCUACUUGGGUACUGCUGCGAGGACGAGGAGCGCCUCCUCGUCUACGAGUUCAUGCCACGCGGCAGCCUCGACAACCACCUCUUUAAAAGGAUAUCCGCGACGCUGCCAUGGGGCACCAGGCUCAAGGUCGCCAUCGGCGCCGCCAAGGGUGUUGCCUUCCUCCAUGGCGGCAAGCAGCCCGUCAUCUACCGAGACUUGAAGGCGUCCAACAUCCUUCUCGACUCGGAUUUCACGGCGAAGCUGUCAGACUUUGGACUGGCAAAGUUGGGCCCUGAGGGGGAGGAGACACACGUGAGCACCCGCGUGAUGGGCACCCACGGCUACGCGGCACCCGAGUACGUGCAGACGGGCCACCUAACGGUGAAGAGCGACGUGUACAGCUUCGGCGUGGUGUUGCUGGAGCUCCUAACAGGCCGCCGGGCAAUGGAGCACGUCCCUGGCCGCACUGCACGCGCUGAGCAGACCAUCAAGCUCGUGGAGUGGACCCGGCCCUACCUCGCUAGCAGCCGCCGCCUGCGCUGCAUCAUGGACCAAAAGCUCUCGGGCCACUACUCCGUCAAGGGCGCCCGCGCCAUGGCGCACCUGGCAGUGCGUUGCACGAACCCACAGCCCCGGGACAGGCCAAGCAUGGCUGUUGUGGUGGAGGAGCUCGAGCAGCUGGAGGGGCUCAAGGACAUGGCUGUCAGCAUGGGCCUCUUUUGGCCCACGGCUCCCGCUGCCGGGAGAAACGCACUCUCCGCCAAAUUUCGGGCCGAGAUGAAGGGCGCCGGCACCGGCGCCGUCCCGCGGCGGAGAACCGCGUCUGCCAACCUGUCGUGAUCUGCUUGCCACGUACGCAUUGUAUGUGCGCCUGUUGUGUGUGUGUGUAUAUAGAAAUUAUUCUAACCGCACGGACAUUCACAGGGCUUUAUGGAGUUUUCUUCUCUGCCCCCCUCCCUGCCGAUUUUCAGCCGGGUUUGGGGCCCUCCACCUAAUUUGAUUCAACCAAAAUUUCUAGCUA